AUGAACGACAUUCGGUUUCCGGCAUGGAUCAAGAGCAGCCCGACGCUCGUGAUGGCGUCGGUACUUGCGCAGCUUCUGGCGAAUGAGUUCGCCGGGACGACCCCAUCUGCCGCAGCUAGCCCCCCAGGACCCGCGUCCGAGUCCCACGUGUGUGGUGGCAGGAAGUGGUGGUCCCGCCACGCCUGUGAUGAGGACAUGAGUAGCAGCAGCAGCAGCAGCGACGGAGGUAGAUGCUUUGACCUAGCCAACUCGGAUGCCAACGAUGGUGAGGGCUGGGAUGAUUCUGGCAGGGUUGCAAUGCACCGCGGUGGUGGGGUGGACACAGGGUAUCUGCGUAUGGUAGAUCGGCUGCUCGAGCUUAAUUCGAAGGCGCUUGACUCCCUGCCACCCGCGGUAGCCACAGCCACCACACAAACCCCUGCCCUCAACGGCGGGAUCCACACGUGCAGCACCGGUCACGGCCCUGAUAUUCUCCGCGACCCACGAGUGCGAACUCUUCUGCGGCUCUCACGGCUCAACGAUAUUCUUACGCGCGCUGAGACGGCGCAGUCUCUCAUCUCGCAACAUACCGCGGCUGCGAUGGUAUCAUUCUUCGCCUUUGCCGUCUCGUGCCGACACAGCGGGCUUCCUGUGGAUCGCACAAAAGGGUUCUUCACGGAGUGCAGUGUCCUCUACACAACCCUGCUCUCGAAGCUGCGCUCGCUCCGCCUCUGCGGCAGCGUCAGUCUUGAGGACUUUACCGCCUCGCUCAUCGCAUGCGGACUGAAGUUGCGCGACGACGAUGACGGCGAAGGGGACGAGAAGGAUGCGCGUAGUGGCCCGAACGAGACUGGCGUAACCGCCCCGGGGACAGCAGGCAUUCCCUACAGUACCCGCAGCAACAGCAGCAGCGCUGUAGCGUCGGGUGCAGCGCUAAUGGGGGGCGGCGGCGGCGGAGCCGGUGCCAGAACGCCGUCACAGGCGCCCUUGGCACGUGAAAAGAACUGGGGCCUUGUGGGCUUUGGUCACCGCGCCCUCGAAGCCACCCUUGUGCGCUGCAUCCCCGAGAACAUCGACGAGUGUGUACACGACGCUGUCGCGCUCGGCGUACUACGCGGCAUCUCACUCACGUACUCGCAGCAGCUCGUCUACCUUGGCCCAGAGCUGGUGACCCACAUGCAUGACCUCACCGAUGCAUUCGCCACGUCCGAUCACCGGCGGGAACUGCCGUACAAACGCGUCCUCUCCAUCCUGCUGGAGGCCAUCCGCUGCUCCCGCGUGAUCGACUACAAACGCACCAACAACUGGAUUACAGCGAUUAUUCAGGAACGAUAUGUCGUCCGCGGCCUAUUCCAGCGAGAGAAGCUGCACGCCCACGUUGUGACCGCCACGCUGACAAUGCUCAUCCGGCAGUAUCAGGAGGUAGCAAGGGAGUGUGCGUCCAAAGUGGUCGACCUCGGCUCGAUGCCGGACUUCACGGAGGGCGAUCAGCUCAUUGAGCUCCUCUGGAAGGCUCUGCAAGAUACCAUCGGCUCCUGGGAGGACGCCGCAAGCGCCGCCGAGAGGCACCAUCUGACGUUGUUUCGGCACAACAUCCACACUCUCGUGCACCAUCUCCUCCUGGCUGAGGUAGAACGGCUGCGAUGCUAUUACAUCAUUACGAGCGCCACGGCCGCCUACCAAGAGUCGCUCGUUGUGACGUCGGUGGGGACGAACAUGUCCAGAAGACAGAGUAGCCCCCCUCUCGCCAUGUUGCAACUCGAGGCAGAACAACAGGGGGCAGAUCGGUGUCGACGAGACACCCUUGGCGGACAGAACGGUAACGCACGGCGAGACAGCGGCGCGUCGGCGGUGGCCCCGUACAUUCCAUCCGCUGAAGAGGAGUCGCUGCGCAUUUCGAUUUGUGGAAACAUCAUGAAGUUCCUUCUCCUCCCCACAAGCAUCAUGAGCGCACUUCCGCGAACCGAGGAGGCGACUGAGUUACGCGCGUCGCUCACAGAAGCGGCGGCGCGUGUGCUGAGCGUCGUGACGGCGAGAGUGUUUAGCAGCUGCAAUGACACGUCUGUGACAACAACGGAAAGUAGCCGGCCCACCGCCCCCGCAGCACCCUGCCCCAUCAGCCCGAUUAGCGCGGCGGCAGCGACGCCCAGGGUGCAGUAUACCGAUUGUAUCCCUGCCAUCACUGACCUGCUUGCUCUACCGCUGAGGCGAGCCCACUUUUCCAAUAAUUUCUACCGCUGCAUCGAGGAACUCGUAUACAAGCUUAUCCAGACAAUUCUCCAGGCAAACGUUCCUGAGGACGUGGCGGCCACCAUCAACCAAAGCUCGCUCGGGGGCGUGGCAAAUGUACACGAACCGACACCACCUACCUCGAAUACCAGCAGCGACGCGAUCCUGUCGGGCAUGGCGGCAGUGGUGUGCAUGCAGUACAUGUGCUCAACAAACCAACGUAUUCGCUCGUUUGCCAUUUCGGAGGUGAUGGAUGCCGUCGUGCGUCUCUCUGCACGUCGUAGAGCCGAGGACACUGAGAUGGCCGUGCACAAAUCGCUGGCGCGGAAGGAUCACAGCGACGCAGCUCUGCAGGGAGUUGUCGACGCCGCAGAUCCGAAAGAAGCGAAGAAGCUUGCAAGGCAUCUCCGCGCUCGCCGGCUGGAGCUGUGUUUUGAGGCUCUGUCUUCCAUCCUGGUGCCGACGAUCUUCGACGUGGAGAACUACAACCGCGAGGCAGAGGCGCGGGAAGUGAAAUCCAACCGCAUGCGGAACGGCGCGGCGGCGAACGAUCGUGGCGAGUCGAAGCGCAAGGAGCUUUCACGCUACGGGCAGCUGCUGUGCGACACCUACGUGGACUCUCUGCGCGAGCGUCUCUUGGGGAUCGAAGAGGGGGGCGCAACCCAUCACCACCUGGUCACACCAGUGAUGGCGGUCGCUGCGAAGGCGUUUCUGAAUUUGGUGCUUCGAGUGCAUGAGCGGCUGCGCAGGAUCUCAGGCAUGGCACUCGCUCUGGUGCAGGCAGCGGAGACAGGGGUGGAGGAACCAGGAAAGGAGACUCACCGGCCUGCGGCGGCCAUGGCGAGGGAUCGUAGGCGACUGUUGCACGCCUUCAAUGCGGAGCGCAUGACAGUUGUUUUGCUCCUGCGUGGUGUCAUCCAGAACAUGCUAAGCGUGGCGUGGCCGUCAUCAGGGGUGUUGUACCAGAACCCGACGAGUGGCUGCGAGAGGCCACUGGACAUCGCAACGACGCCCGCCGUGAUGGCCCCAAUCGCGUUUGCGGUGCUGUCGCCGUUCCUUCAACCCUUAACAAUGCUGCUCCACCUCUCCACUCUGUUCCCGGCCCGGUCACUAAAGCAGCUCUGCAGCCACCAUCAGUACGCGCGCUACCUCACCCUGGAAGACCCCAUCAUGAGUGAUCAAUACGUGUUUCAUUACUAUCGCCGUCCAUCGUGCGUGCAUGUGGCGGCCAAGGCAGGCGGCAGCGGCGGCGCUGGAACCAGCUCUCUGGAGGAGCAGAUGGAACUGGAGUGUUGGGCACUGUUCCGUUCAUGCUGGAUGAUGUUCUCCUACUACAAGUACACGGAAGAGGCACUCCUGGCGGUGCGCGAUGGGGGCAUUGCACCCCUGGAGAACACGAACCCGGCGGCCGCUGCGACUGGGCUCAAUCGCGCGCCGAUCUUGUCGACGAAGCAGUGCAAACUACUGCGCUUCAUCGCCGCUUCGGCGGCACCGCUCCUGCGCAUGUGCUCAUCUGAUGUUCAGCAGGCCAUGGCCGAUAUCGCCGUGCUCCUGCGCCACACAUUGGCCUGCGUGCUUCGCUUCCCCGUCGCGGCCACUGACGUCACCGCAAAGAGUGGCAUCGUGCAUGCGUUACUGCGCAAGUCGCUGAGGCGGCUCUGUGGGGGCAGCAAGGGGUGCUGGAAGCGACUAAAUACGGGGGAGUUGAUGCUGCUGCAGUGCGUGGCGGAGCUAGAGAUACUGCGGGCAGCGGCAGGGUCAGUGGCGCAGCUGACGUUCUACCGUCACUUCGAGGUGCGUGAGUUUGUCGCGAGCGCUACGAUACCGAUGGCACUGGGCCACAUCAUCAACACGGCUUGCGACCACUAUAUCCAAGCGGUGCGCAGCAUGCUGCCGGGCGUCGCCUUCCAGGUCACUCGUACUGACUUGAUGCAGCUUGUCUUUCUGUUGAUUUUUGCGAUCGGGUCCGUACGCGAGUCGGCGAGCGAGCUGGUGGUGCGCGUGGUAAGGUCGUUCCCCACCUACGCCGCCUACGCCAGCUCGUUGCCGCUCCUAUGGUGCGUGCUGGAUCUCCUCGAAGCCGGCACAGCCUGGCAGAUUGAGGCGCUCUGCGAGCACGUGCAAUUUGUGUGGGCCCCUGCGGUGGCUGCCGACCCACACAGCACGGAGCGCCAGCAGCACGUGCUGUUCGUCGCGGAUGUCGCCGAGCGGUGGGCUGCCAUACUGCGGGAGAAGGCACCAAUAGCUCUCUUUGAGACCGCCAUCAAGUUCAUGGUCGUCCAGCAGCAGGAGUGCGGAGAGCAGGCGGCGACGCAGCCUGGCAGGCGCCACGCUGGGUCCCGACUUGCCGUUCUGUCUUCCCAGUACGGGCUUGAGGAGUCAUCACCCAAAUUGGACGACGGCGCCAUCACCGUCAUGCGAGGGGCUGAGGCUGCUGGUCAUGUCGUCGCCGCUGAGUAUGCGCAAACGCUGCUGCUGCAUGGCCGUGCGCAGGGCACGAUGCAGGUCGCCAGCUGGUACACAUCCGCUGGGCAGAUGCAAAGCACCGUACUGGCGCAGCUGUUGGCGACCACGCACCUCAGCAGGUGUGCCUUGGCGACGGCGGUGGCGCAGCGGCUCCAGUCGAGUCUCCUGCGGCCUGCCCGGGCCCUCUUCGUGGAGACUGGCUACUCCGUGGACACUGUGCUGGCACCUGGAACUUCCACCAUUGGCGACGAGGAUGCUGUAGCGCUGAGUGAAGUGGAUGCCACGCCGUUGUUGCGCGGCGCCCCUGACCGCGCGGAGACGGCAGCGAGCUUCGCAGCCGCAGUGGCGCUACUCGUCACGGGCAACGGAACCCUCAGUGGUCGGCGGCAGCUGCUGCAGUCCAUGGUGCAAGGUGCCGUGCGGACGUUCCGCUCUGAUGUGUUGUACGACGCGAUUCUCUGCUGGAAGUGGUUGCUGUGCCAGUGCCGAGAAACUUACCUGUUACCGAUGCUGCAGGAGUUGGACACGGCACUCGUAUGGACGGCAACCAACCGACUGGGGCUGUUUGAUGGCCACUGCUCCUCCAUGAACCGGAUGGUGCAAUCGGGUGAGGUGCCCAUCCUCCAUGGCACCGCGUCCUCGAGCGGGCAGAGAAGAAUCGGUAUGCCGGAGGAGGCUGCUGUGUACGUGGCUGACAAAGUCUACGCCGCCUCUCCGCACAAACUUCUCCUCUCCUUUCUCACCGACAUGUACGUGGAGGAGGGCAACCCGCUGUGCCUCAGUCCCGAGGUGCUUCGCCAGCUGUACCUGGUCGCGGCGCACAUUAUGCAGUUUGCCGCGGUGCUGUCUCUACGAGAUGACAUGUUUGGCGAGACGAUGCGCUGCUUGCUUGUAGUCGGCAGCGUUGCACAGCUGCUCCGGGAAGCAAACGUGCGCCGUCUAAGCGCCGGCCUCGGGACAAUAGUGCCGUUCGCCGCGAUUGGUGCACUGCGCCAGCGGUGGUACAUGGCACUGCUGCGGUGGUUCACCAAGACGCCGCCGAGUUGGUACUACGCCAAGGAUCCUGUGCCGGCUAGGGAAGAGGCGAAGGUGGUAAGUUCGCUGUCACAACUGGUGAAGGAGGAAGGUGAUUUACUCGCUCGCACGACUCUCGGCUUCCUCGACUUCAACAGCGGCGUGCACCGCGAGAGGAAUAAGUCAGUCGUACAUCACUGGGAGUCACUGAGCGGGGUGCACGAACGCAUUGCUGCGGUGCGGCAGGCAGCCGACGGCGGUGAGGCAGGCUUGCAGAUGACUAUCGCGCAGGAGAAACAGCGACUUCAGGGCUUGCUGAAGUUGCUGCGCGUCCUCGUGGAGCACGAGGUGCUUCGGCUAAACGUCUGGCGCACGCCACGCCGCACGCUCAAGAUACCCAACACAACACCCUCCAGUGGCUGGGCGAAGCUGAUCGAGUGCGCUGAUCACCACAGCCCGGCGGUGGUUGUCGCCAUGGUCUACCGUUUCCCAAGCAUCCCGGCAGUGCGGGCGGCGGCGUCGCUACACGUCGUGGCGCAUCCAGAGAGGUACUCGAACCUCGCGGAGGCUGUGGACCUCUACCUUACGGAGGACGUACUGCGCGCUGGUGCGCCGCGGCUGUUCCUCUUCCGCGCCUGCACCAUCAUCCAAGCCCUCGGCCUGCUUGACCCGCGGUACACCGCGUACAAGUCGGUUAUGAGUUACGCCAUCCACAGCCUGCUCUCGCAGCGCAGCGAGCGGCUCAUCUUCUACCUGCCGCAGCUGCUGCAGCUCUUGGCGACGGACACAAGUGGCAGCAUUGAGGCGUUCCUCCUGCGCACGAGCGCAAAGAGCACCAUGUUUGCGCAUCAGCUGCUCUGGAGUCUGCAAACGGAGGGCGAGGGCAGCGGUGCCCUGGCGAAGAAGUGCCAGCAACUCGAGAAGCGUGUCAAGGCAGCCUUCACGCCGAAUGAAGAGGCCUUUUACAAGUCCGAAUUUUCCUUUGUGGGUCUCGUGACGUCGCUGUCGGGCGAAAUGAUGAAAUUCGACAAACCCGAGCGCAAGGCGAUGCUUCGACUGAGGCUGAAGGACGACAUCUUCCACGCCCUGCCCAAGACGCAGCAUCUGUACCUCCCCACCGACUCGAACUACCGUAUCACUGAUGUCAUCACGCACACGGCUGGCGCCAUGCAGAGUGCAGCCAAAUGCCCGAUACUGGUGCAGUUCACGUGCGUGCCGCGCGCAACGGAGGACAUGCGCACGCCAGACGAGCUCGCCUUGGCGGCUGCUGACGAGCAGGAGCACGCUGCGGGAAACAACUACGGCAACACCGUGGCGCACCCGGUGGUGAAGGCGUGCAUUUUCAAGAUGGGCGACGACUGCCGACAGGACCAGAUUGCGCUGCAGCUCAUCGGUCUCAUGCAGCGUAUUCUGUGCUCCGUUGGCGUACAGUCUUUUCUCUACCCAUACCGCGUCGUCACGACCGGGCAGGAUAGUGGCAUCAUCGAGUGCGUGCCGCGGUCGAGGAGUCGGAACGAGAUCGGCAAACUCAUCGAGUCAAACAUCGCGGAGUUCUUCGUGCAAACAUUUGGCCAUCCCGAGUCCGCUGGCUUCCGCCGCGCUCGCGAGAACUUCGUGAGGAGCACAGCCGCGUACUCGGUCGUCUCCUUCAUCCUCAACAUCAAGGACCGCCACAAUGGCAACAUCAUGAUCGACGCGGAAGGUAAUCUUGUCCACAUCGACUUCGGCUUCCUGUUCGACACCUCUCCGGGCGGAGACAUUAAUUUCGAGUCGUCUCCAUUCAAGCUGACGACAGAGAUGGUGCAGCUCAUCGGCAAGAACGUCAGCGGGGAAUCGACACUGCAGAGCAAGACGCUCGCCCGCGCUCUUGUGGACGAAGAGAACUACAUCUACUUCAAGACCCUUGUGAACCGCUGCUACCUCGCCGUGCGGCAGUACGCUCGUGAGAUUUGCGUGAUGGUAGAGCUCAUGCUCCAGAGCGGCCUGCAGUGCUUUAAGCCGAAGAAGACAAUCGCCAACCUCGCGCAGCGCCUGGCCAUUGACAAGAAUGAAAUCGACGCUGCCCACUAUAUGCGCCGCCUUAUCCACAAAUCGCGGCAGAACUACCGCACCGUCCUGUACGACUACUACCAAAAGAUUGUCGAGGGCAUCGAAAUGUGA